GACAGGGCGGGGCGGGGCGCGCCACUGCGCCGGGCGGCGAUGGCGGCGGACGGGGACUGGCAGGAUUUCUAUGAGUUCCAGGAACCGGCCCGGAGCCUCCAGGACCAGGAGAACUGUAACGCGAGCCCCGAGGCCGGCGCAGGGCCGGGCGGGGGAGGCGACGGCUUCCCGGCGCUGGCCUGCAGCUUGGAGGAGAAGCUGAGUCUGUGUUUCCGCCCCUCGGGUCCGGGCGCCGAGCCCCCGAGGGCGGCCGUGCGGCCCAUCACCGAGUGCAGCCUCCUGCAGGGGGACGAGAUUUGGAAUGCCCUGACAGAUAAUUAUGGAAACGUAAUGCCGGUAGACUGGAAGUCCUCUCAUACCAGGACCCUGCAUUUGCUUACACUGAACCUCUCAGAAAAAGGGAUAAGUGACAGUUUGCUCUUUGAUGCAUCGGACGACGAGGAGCUGAGAGAACAGCUGGAUAUGCAUUCGAUCAUCGUCUCCUGCGUUAAUGAAGAGCCGCUCUUCACCGCAGAGCAGGUUAUUGAAGAAAUUGAAGAAAUGAUGCAGGAGUCUCCAGACGCAGAAGAUGAUGAAACGCCCACCCAGUCAGAUCGGCUGUCCCUGCUGUCCCAGGAGAUCCAGGCUCUUCAGAGAUCGAGCACAAGCAGUCACGAAGAGAGAGUAAAGAGGCUCUCAGUAUCUGAGUUAAAUGAACUACUGGAAGAAAUUGAGACAGCCAUCAAGGAAUUCUCCGAAGAGCUGGUGCAGCAGUUGGCCCUGCGAGACGAACUGGAGUUUGAAAAGGAAGUGAAGAACAGCUUUAUUUCCGUUCUCAUUGAAGUGCAAAACAAACAGAAAGAGCACAAAGAAACAGCUAAGAAGAAAAAGAAACUCAAGAAUGGCGGCUCCCAGAAUGGGAAGAAUGAGAGAAGUCAUAUGCCCGGCACACGCUUCAGCGUGGAAGGGAUCUCCACUGUCAUUCAGAAUGGCCUCCGCCACACCUUUGGAAAUUCAGGUGGAGAGAAACAGUACUUGACAACAGUCAUUCCUUAUGAGAAAAAAAAUGGACCACCGUCUGUUGAAGAUCUUCAGAUAUUAACAAAAAUUCUUCGUGCCAUGAAAGAGGACAGUGAAAAGGUUCCGAGCUUGUUAACUGAUUAUAUACUGAAAGUUCUCUGCCCUACAUAGGGCAGCUUUGCGACAGGAGCGGCUUUCUUUCGUGGACUACAAGCGAGGUCUCGUGUAGCGUUCUGAAAGCUGGCUACCAUUCCCUUCCUGCCACUGGAAAUCAGCACACUCGAACUUGGGUUUGUGAUUCAGUAUUACUAGAUCAUGCUUUCACUAAUUCUUUAUAUUAUGACCCAUGAGCAGUACGGCACUGUUCUCAAUUCUAGAGGUGUUUUUGUGUUAAAUACUAACAGAGCUCUUCUCUCCUCCAAUUUGUAGAGGAAGGGGGAGUCCUUUUGUGCAUGCGCAGUUGUAUUUUUCCUGAACUGACAGUACGCCCAGUUGAGUGUUUGACUUUCUAGAUCUGAGCUGCACUAAAGAACUAGAUUAAAGCACUGAGUGAUUUA